AUGCCUUCCGUCGGACUGGAGGCCGUGGCUGGGCUCACUAUCUUACGGAUGAACCGCGGCGGGCUUCGUUACGUUUUGGCUGUAGAAAACCGGCAGUGGCAGCAGGUCCAGAAUUACCAAAAUUACCCAGUCCCUCCCCCAGGAGUGUGCAACAACCCCAGCCCUGUGUCCCUGAAACGCGAACACACCGGGGAGAGCCUAGAAAACUUCAUAGGCCCUAAGAGGCCACGUCUGCUCCCUGCUGACGGAAAUCAGGAUGCAAGCACUAGCCUAGGUCCAGGCGAAAACAUCCAAACCCCCUUUGACGGUGCGAUUCUCCCUUGGCCCGUGCCUGUUAGUGCAUGGAAUGAUCGCGACCAAUUGCGCUCGAUUAUUGAGGACUUUCGAUCAUUUACUCGAGUUAUUGAGGCACGUCUUGCCGACCUCGAAGAGCCUAUGGCUACAACUACAUUCUGGGAGGAACAAGCGGCCAAGAUUCUUGGGGACUACCCUUCUGCUGAUGACUAUUGGGUUUGA